UUUGACCUCUCAGGGGUUCUUCUAGCAGUAUUUAACGGGUACAAGGGGAACACAUUUGCAAGUGUCUACGGUUGACAUGACAGAUUCUCCUGUUAGUUCACACAAUGUUCAAAAGGCAGAAGACCCUUGCUUCAGAACGCAAGAGGGGAUUAUUUUCCCAAAGAGCUACACGGUCCCUACUGAAGAAUGAUAUGAAAAAUUUUCACUAUUUGUCUCAAUUUGUACUCGCAGCGGGCCCUCUGAAGCCAAUUCUAGGAGUCAAACAUUCAAAAACUACUCACUUUGAGAUUGAAAUACUUGAUGCCCAAACAAGAAAACAGAUAUGUAUUGUGGAUAAGCUUUCUGAAUCCCGGCAAAUCCAUUUAGGUGGGCCUUUUUUGAAGGACUACCUCACCAUUCAAAGUGUUGCAGCUUCCUCCAUUGUCACACUUUAUUUUACAGACCUUGGCCAACAAGUCCGUUGGAUCACAAUCUGUGAAGCCGGAAAUCAUUUCAUCAAUGUAAUGUUGUCUCAUCCCUAUCACACAGGUUAG